GCCUUUGAACCGUCUUUCCAGAUCUACUUGCAUUCUACAAAAGUUCCUUUCUGUUUGAACCCCUCCCGUUCAUUUUAUCUCCAUGUCAAGAGUGAGAUCACCUCCAAUAUCUCCAUCGACUGAGGAUCCGGAUCAGCACAGUCAAUACUCUAGAACAUACUCCACUUCAUCAUCAUCACGAAACACUCAUCAUUCGAGAUCACAAUCCUUGGCGUCCUCCAAUGGUAGACACAACAGCAGCUCAGUAAACUUGGAAGCCUCUGCACGUGUAUUUUACCAUGAGAUAAAGGCUUACAUUGCCUCCCUUUUGGCAAGAGAGGCCGCAGAGGGAGUUAGCCCCCAAAGAGCUGGAGCGAGAGGCAAACUGACGAAAUUAUCCAACCAGCAAUUUCAUGAAUUAUCAAUGGAUGUUUAUGACGAAUUGAUGCGUAGGAAUGCGGAUGACAGAAUGUUUCCCUUUUUACCUGUACGAGACGAUUUCCAUCCUAAGCGCAACCAAGCCCGCCAAAAAUUGGCAACCCUUCCGAAAACUAGAUUCAAAGAUUUGGCAAGCGAUGUGUUUUACGAAAUAGAUCACCGUUACCCGCAUUUUCAAGACGAGGAGGCCGAUGCAAGACCUCCAUUACCCCCUAUCCCACCUACUGCAAAUGGGCAUAUGUCAAAAAAUAUAUCAAACGCCAUGGCUCAACCAAGUCAGUCAACGAACAUUGUUCCGGUUAUGGGCACUAUGAACAUCGAAGUCGUCGAUGUCGGUUACAAGUAUCAAGGCAAUAGCCCUGCUAAUUCGCCAUACAACUCACCAAAACCCCAAUAUGCACGUAACGACAACGACAUGAACUCAUCGCCUGGUUCGCUCUCAUCGCGAGGAGAAUCUUUUUCGUCAAAAGAUGGCAGAUUGAACGGAAUGUCAAACGGCGCUUCUGCGCCAAAUAGCAGAAGUCCUGCUCCAACAAAGUGGGAUAGUCCUCCCAUGCCCAAGGCUCCCGUUGCUACAUCUACCAAUAACAACAAUGGCGAAUCCAACAACUUCCAGUCUUUAGAUAGUCUUAUGGCUGACCUUGGAAAUAUGGUGACUAAGGACCAAACAAAGCCCCCUUCUCAACGGGAUGAUAUGAGCGUCAAGUCGGAUUCAACCCGAAACUUUGAUGCGCAAAUGGACCAAUUGAAAACAGAUUAUGAGUAUAAGCUAAAUGCUAUGCGACAGCGUAUAAAGGAUCUUGAAAUUGAAGCUACGGAACGUGAAGAAACGCAUAAAAAGGAACUGAAAGUAGCAAGAGAGAAAGAAGCUCCAAAGGAGCGCAAUUCGCAAUUCGGCCAUCUUCAGGAACAAUAUGAUGAGCUUGAAGAUAAAUACAAGCAGAUGGAGGAGGAUUAUCAGCAUCAACAGGAGGUCGUUAACGACGUCCGCCGAGAAGUGACCAAUUUGUUAGAGGAACUCAAGGAUUUGAGCCGGAAAAAUGAUGAAAUGACCAUAGAGAAAGAGCAGGCUCUGGAUAAACUCUCUGCGGUUGAAAAAGAAUCAAAAGAAUGGCAACGAAAGUUCGAAAAAGCAAAGACAGAAUUGCGCAAUUUGAAAGCCACCUCAUCCUUUGUACGUCAACCGCCGAAGUUAGAGGUUCUUGGAGACGAUUUGUUGCGACCAACUGAAGAUGGUGCUAUUAGCCAGGAUAAUGUCAUCAACUAUCAAGUUGCUGUAGAUGAUCUUCUCAGAAGUGGCAGAUCUGAAAAGCCAUCCAGCGUACUGAUAGCUAUGAAGGCGGUGGUAGUUUCUUGUAAAGCUAUCACUGAGGAUGUAGAGACAUAUGAAAACGACGAGACCAAAGAUAUCGACGCUGACAAGAAGGACCGUCUCUAUGCUAUGAAAUCACAAUUCUCUAAGGGAUUGAGCAACCUGAUGGCAGCAGCAAAGACUCAUGCGAACGGCAUGGGAAUCAGCCCUGUCAGCCUUUUGGAUGCCGCUGCUACUCAUCUGACGUCCACCGUCGUAGAGCUGAUUAAACUGUUUGGUAUGCGCAAUGGAACAGGAUCUGAUCGCGAUAGUGUUCAACCUGAGGAAAGUGCUAAACAAGCUAGCUCACCGCCUGGUAGCAUUCUACGAAAGACCGAGCCGUAUAAUAGCUACAAGCCUGUUAACUCUAGGCAAGAAAACGGAGAUCUUCCCCGUGGUCUUCACCCUGAUGAUCUAGCUGCAUAUUUGAAGCGUCAAACAGACCAGGUAGUCCAGACUAUUCAACAACUAUUGGCAGCCUUGCGCACGCCAUCUCGAUGUGAAGAAGUCGCUCCUAUCAUUACCAGCAUUGUGAAUAUUGUGGGCAACGUUUCGACCGUGUGCAAGUCCUCUUUCAACACUCCCGCUGGAUCCCAAUUCAGGAAGGACGGCGAAGUGAUUUUGCAGGAUUUGCAAAGCACACGUAGCAAACUUGUGUCUUUGAGAGACGGUCAUUUUACGAAGAACCCAUUGGAUGCUCCAGCAAAUGCAAAGAAAGAUUUGGCGAAGGAGUCGUACGAAGUGGCAAAGUUCACCCGAGAGCUUUUGGGCAUUUUGUAACGUCCAUUCAUCUUAUUUACAUAGCUCUCUAUACACUGCGCGUCUUCAACGUGUAUAAAGCCUGAAUUGUAUCAUAUAUUUCUUACUCAUAUACAUACUGGUUAUCACUGGAAAGCAGAAUGACAAAUGUUUCGUUUU